AUGGAUUACCCAUUGUUGAAAUCAACGAGCAAGGUGGAACGCAAAAAUGAAUUAAAAAGGAUGCAAGCGGAUGUCAAUGCUCGUUCCUCCAUUUCACUCUCUGAAUGCAUGGUGAUUUUGAAUGAAUUGUUAUUUGAGGACAGUUACGAUACAUGCCGCGAGUUAUCAUUUCGUAUUGCUGCUACCUUAUUGAUGCUUUUGAAUCGGGAUGACACAAGGGAAGCAAUUCCCUAUUGUUUUGGCAAAGUGUAUGCGAAUAUUACCCAGCGAAAGGAUGAAACAGAGGCAGUUCGUGUUUAUAUUGCUUCCCUGCUAUCGUUCAUUCUGCAUUAUGGAGAUACAGACUUUCUGUUGUCAAAGAUCGAUGUCGUUUUGCAUUGUUUGUUCUCUCUCUAGGAUAUCAUCGCGUUGCUCCGAAUCUAUUGUACCGAUUCUUGCUCCGAGAUCAUUGUCUCCACUCUGUGUGGAACGCAGUACCUCAUUGAUCGCCUUUCAACCAACAUCCAUAUGGUGGCCGAAACGAUCGUUCACUUGCUCGCGCCGCUUCUGAGCCAUCGGCAGCGCGCCAUCCGUCUCCCAGCGUUGAAAGUGGGUUGAAGCAUGGCGUGGGGAGUAGAUCGUUCGAUCGCUGAUUGAAUUGGACGGCGAUCGCAAUGGCCUCGUGAUGGAAUCGAUCUGCCCUUCGCUGCUGCGACUUCUU